UGCGACGAGUGGAUGUAGUAAUAGUGCAUUUUAGGUUAAUUUCGCUUCGCAUGGUGAAGGGAAUCAAAACAAAUAGGAAAAGAAGGAAAAAUGCGCGAGAAAAUCUUGACUAACGUGGAAAAAUCCUUUGUGAAUAAGUGCAUCAGUCAAAAUUUGCGCAUUGAUGGGCGGCGCAUGAAUGAUUUCCGGGCGUUAAAACUGUUUUUCGGGAGUGAGUGGGGAAGCGCUCAUGUGGCGCUUGGCGAGACUCGAGUCCUUGUCCAAGUGUCCUGUGAGGUUGUCCAGCCGAAGGCAGUGCGUCCACAGGAAGGACUGCUGAACAUCAAUGUGGACAUUGGGCCAAUGGCAGCUGCACACUUUGAAGCUGGACGUUCUUCAGAUGAAACCAUUCAGAUAAAUCGAAUCCUGGAGCGUGCAUUUAAGGAUUCGCGAUGUGUGGAUCUCGAAUCGCUAUGCCUGGUGGCAGAGGAGAAGGUUUGGAGUGUGAGAGUGGAUGUCAACGUGCUGAAUCACGAUGGAAACAUAAUUGACUGCGCUUCUGUGGCAGUUCUGGCGGCUCUCGCUCACUUCCGGAGACCCGACGUUACGUGGUCUGGCACGGAGUUCACCAUACACAGUCACGCGGAGAAGGAUCCCAUUCCGCUGGUGCUGCAUCACUUCCCCGUGUGCGUUUCCUAUGUGAUCUUCCAGGAUGGAACGAUAUCUUGUGCCGAUCCGACAGAUCUAGAGGAACGUGUCGCCCAAGCGAAGGUUGUUUUCGGACUGAACUCUUAUCAGGAGCUCUGUGGGCUCCAUCUAGGUGGAGUGACACUCCUCUCGGCAGGAUUUGUUAUCGACUUGGCCAGUCGCGGAGUGAAGCAUGCCAAGAAUCACAUCGAAAUGAUUAAGAAUUGCCUGGAGGAAGAUUCCAAGAAGCGCCAGGAAGGCGAGCGAGUGAGUUUUGUAAAGUGCCUUACGAUGGGCGGUAUUAAAUCAUCACAUCAGGAGCGUCUUCCUAUAAAGCUGCCUACGAGAGGUGUUGGAGAGCGAAGGAAAAAGGUGAAAACUGAAGCUGAAGAGGAUGAGAAAAUGGAGGAGGACGCCUUUGAGAUCCAACCAAUUGCUGCAGGGAGUGCUGUUCUGAUGGAGGUGGACAAUUUCGGUUUAGGGGGGCCCAAUAAGUGGAUCCCGGAAGAGGAGAACUCUUCGUCGACGAGUGAGAACGAGGAGGUUGAUGAGAAACCCAGAAGGAUGAAGAGGGAAUCCGGAAGCGAAGAGGAGACUACAGUGACAGUGUAAAUGUAUUUUUAUUUAUGGCUCAAUUUAUAUUCGUUCCGGAAAGUGAUGAGUUUUGUAUUAUUUUUUAGUUUUCUUACUGUUUUAGACUUGGUCUCAGAUGUUUUACAUAUGUGUGCAGCUUCUUUCGUUCCCAUUUCUGUUUUCCUAGAAGCCCUCUUCAAGCUAAAGAA